GUUUUGUUCUUCCCCCAUACUCCGUUUCCGCUUCCGCUUUGCAGAAAAUUUGUUAUGGCCGAGUAGCGUGGUCCCUGCGGAAGGUGAACCGCUGUGAGGUGAACUCUGUUCUGCGUAUUACACGUUUCUUGGCAAAUAAUCAGGCCCCGUUCGAGCUCAGCAAGGCGCCGGUCGCGAUGACGAGCACGCUCCUCGGGCGGUUUUUGUGCAGCGGCAGCGGGCCGCUCAAGGCGGUGGCUUCGAAGCCGCUGGUCGCCGUGCCCUCGGCAGCGGCGGCGGCGUGCCGGCUCUGGGUGGUGCUGCCCCGGCGCUGUCUGGCGACCCCGAGCCCCGCUGCCAAGAAGGUGUACCAGCGGGAGAAGCCGCACUGCAAUAUCGGCACCAUCGGCCACGUAGACCACGGCAAGACGACGCUCACCGCCGCAAUCACCAAGGUCCUCGCAGAGGAGAAGCUGGCUGCGGCCAAGAAGUAUGAGGAGAUCGACAACGCGCCCGAGGAACAGGCGCGAGGAAUCACCAUCAACGUCGCGCACGUGGAGUACUCGACAGCCAACCGGCACUACGGCCACACGGACUGCCCGGGCCACGCCGACUACAUCAAAAACAUGAUCACGGGCACGUCUCAGAUGGACGGCGCCAUCUUGGUGGUUGCGGCCACGGACGGCGCCAUGCCGCAGACCAGGGAGCACCUGCUGCUCGCCAAGCAGAUCGGCAUCGAGCACAUCGUGGUGUACCUGAACAAGGCGGACGCGGCGGACAAGGAGAUGCUCGAGCUGGUCGAGAUCGAGUUGCGCGAGCUGCUCACCGAGCACGGCUACAAGGGCGACGAGGUGCCCAUCGUUACGGGCUCGGCCCUCUGCGCGCUGGAGGGCAGGGAGCCCGACCUCGGCAAGGACUCGAUCCUUAAGCUGCUGGACACCGUGGACAGCCACAUCCCGACUCCCCAGCGCGACCUGGACAAGCCGUUCCUGAUGCCCAUCGAGAGCGUUUACUCGAUCCCGGGACGCGGCACCGUGGUGACAGGCCGGCUCGACCGCGGCAUCGUCAAAAAGGGCAUGGAGUGCGAGAUCGUGGGCUACAACAAGUUCUUCAAGACGACAGUGACCGGCAUCGAGAUGUUUCACAAGAUCUUGGAGGAGGCCCAGGCAGGAGACCAGCUGGGGGCCCUCAUCCGUGGCAUCAAGCGGGACGAAGUGCGCCGGGGCAUGGUGCUCUGCAAGCCCGGCACCAUCAAGCAGCACGACCAGUAUGAGGCUCAGGUGUACGUGCUGAAGAAGGAGGAGGGCGGCCGGGAGAGGCCCAUCCUCAAGCGCUACCAGCCCAUAGUGUUCUCGACCACCUGGGACUGCCCGGCCAGGAUCACCGUCGAGGGCCGCGACAUGGUCAUGCCGGGUGAGGACUGCAAGCUGAUUGUCAAACUCUUCAAGCCCAUGGCGCUGGAGCAGGGCCAGCGCUUCACGCUUCGCGACGGCAGCCGCACCUCAGGCACCGGGGUCGUCACUAAGGUGCUGAACAACUUGACGCCCGACGAGAGGGCAGACCUGGAGAAGUCGGAGAAGAAGAAGGAGAAGGAGGCCCUCAAGAGGGCCCAGAAGGGCGCAUAAAGUGGGCCCUUUCCGUAGACGAGCCGCAACGUCUCUGUAGAAUAUAUUUUCAUUGUCAAGUGCUGAAAUAAAUGGAUGUCUCUAUCA